AUGUCGGGCGACAAACUCCUGAGCGAACUUGGCUAUAAGCUGGGCCGCACGAUAGGUGAGGGCAGCUACUCCAAGGUGAAGGUGGCCACCUCCAAGAAGUAUAAAGGGACGGUGGCCAUCAAAGUGGUGGACCGCCGGCGAGCGCCUCCGGACUUCGUCAACAAGUUCCUGCCUCGAGAGCUGUCCAUCCUGCGGGGAGUACGGCACCCGCACAUCGUACACGUCUUCGAAUUCAUCGAAGUGUGCAACGGGAAGCUGUACAUCGUGAUGGAGGCAGCAGCCACCGACCUGUUGCAGGCAGUGCAGCGUAACGGGCGCAUCCCGGGGUCGCAAGCGCGCGAACUCUUCUCGCAGAUCGCAGGCGCUGUGCGCUACCUGCACGACCACCACCUAGUGCACCGCGACCUCAAGUGCGAAAACGUGCUGCUAAGUCCUGACGAGCGCCGCGUCAAGCUCACGGAUUUCGGUUUCGGCCGUCAGGCGCACGGCUACCCAGACCUGAGCACUACCUACUGCGGCUCGGCCGCGUAUGCGUCACCUGAGGUGCUCCUGGGCAUCCCCUACGACCCCAAGAAAUACGACGUGUGGAGCCUGGGCGUUGUGCUCUACGUCAUGGUCACCGGGUGUAUGCCCUUCGACGACUCGGACAUUGCUGGUCUACCCCGGCGCCAGAAGCGCGGCGUGCUCUACCCUGACGGCCUCGAACUGUCGGAACGAUGCAAGUCUUUGAUCGCCGAGCUGCUACAGUUCAGCCCGUCCGCCCGGCCCUCAGCGGGCCAGGUGGCGCGCAAUGGCUGGCUGCGGGCCGGGGACUCCGGCUAGGAGCCGGGGUUCUCGCUGUUCCCGCCGCACCAGGCACAGAGCCAGGGCGGCGCACGCGCGAAGGGCGAGCUUCGGGAAACCCGCGAAAUCGCCGCGCGCCACUGCGCACGCGCCCUGUCCCUUCCCCUUCCCCCACGGCGGCGGCCCGCUGAGGCCGGCUGUUGGGUUCUGAUUCCUCCUACACAACCCGAUUGCUGGAGAGCGCAUGCGCAUCCUCGAUUUCUGGUGAGAAGGCCCCGGGAGGGGCGCAAAGAGAAGAGAGAGAAGCAUUGCGCCUGCGCGGAAUGAGCUGUUGCGCGGUGGGUUACCGCGGUGCAGAGAAACUGCGGAUCAGCCGUGCACGCCAAGUUCCAGAUCGAGGCGUGGCUACUCCAGACAUCGCACUAUGCAACCUAGGAUGGCUUGGAACUUGGAUUCUCCUGCCUCUACUUCCCAAGGUGUGCAGCCCCAUUCUGCGUAUCUUGAGACUUCGAGAAGAGGCUUCAACCAUCUUUGCCUUCAACAAGGAAGCAAGUGCAAUACCAAGUAAAAGAAGAACCGAGAUGUGGAGAUAGGUGUUAAGUUGUAACUGAGGAACACCCGUGGGCGGUGGUAUCCAGGGACAGACUAAGGCUGUUUGGGGCUGGGCCCAAACCAUUUAAAAGGACACACAACAGAGUGACGCUGGUGACGUUCCUGAGGCUGGAAUAGGAAAGGAAUGAGAAAAUGGAGGGAGCUAACGUACUCUAAAGGGGAUCCUGAAGAGUGAAGAGGCAGAUGGGAGUCUUGCCUCUGAUUUUACAGGGGUUUGGUGACAAUGGCUGUCUGGAAAACAUGUAUGAGGCCCACAUAGUCUGAGGGGCUGCCUGGUCGAGGGUCUUACUGGGCUCAGCCCCAGAUCCCCUCUCCUCCACAGGUUUCUGGUGCCCUGGAAGUCGAAUGUGAAACUGUUUCCUCAUGCUGGGCCCUUACUGCCUUAUUGGCAGAUGGGGAAACUGAGGCUAUAAGAGGGGAGGGGUCGGGGUUGGGGAUUUAGCUCAGUGGAGAGCGCAAGGCCCUGGGUUCGGUCCCCAGCUCCGGAAAAAAAAGAAAAGAAAAAAAAGGGGGGGAGGGGUCUAAACUCCAGGGCUAGAGAGAGACACUCACCCCCCAACACACACACACACACACACACACACACACACACACACACACACACACACACACACACAGUGGACAGAAGGAACCAAUUGAUAUGGGCUGUAUAUUUGUCCUCAGCACCUGAAAAACAGGGCAAAGACACCAUCCUUGGGGUUUGGAGAAGAGUGUGGCUUAGUUAGACUCAGGGUCUAUAUUGUCUUAUGAGAUUCCAGCACACUUUGCUCAGAAUGAAUUCUUAUUUUCACACUAGUUGAGUUCACCACCCACUUCCCAUUUCCCUUCUCUCUAGUGUUGGGGGUGGAAUCUAGAAUCUUACUGUCACUAAAGAGAUGAUCUCUGAGCAAGCCCCAGCCGCUCACUGGGGCUUUCCAGGCAUGGACUGUACCACUAAGCCACAGCCCCAGAUUUGUUUUUGAGACAGGGUUUUGCUAUGUAGGCAUGGCCAGCCUGGGCUACUCACUGUGUAAUCCAAAUAGAAAAAUGGAGCAAUCCUCUUGCCUCUGCCUCUUGGGCAGUGAGAUUCCAAGCAUGCACCAAGACCAGCUACCCAUUUUUCUUGUUUAUCUGUCUAUGGGCUUUUGUUUUGUCAGUUGGUUGGUUGGUUUUGUUUUUAAGGCUAUAUAGCUCUGGCUAUCCUGGGACCCUCUAUGUAGACCAGGCUGGCUCCAAACUCCGAGACCCACCUGCUUCUGCCUCCUGAGUGUUAAGGAUUAAAAGUGAACACCACUGUGCUUGGAUUCUCCCCACCCCCUCCUUUUUCUUUUUUUUUUUUUUGCUGAUCUAGGUGUCAGCUGACAGUCUUUAUCCCCCCACCCCCACCCCAAUGCACAUUGUGAUGUUCAGUUUAGAGGUAUCAGGUCAUAGUGAACAGAACUAACGAUUCCUGUUUCUCAGCUUAAAACACUGCUUAAACCCAUAGCUUACAGUUGGCCUGCGGACACCUGGGGACACUGAGACAGUGCCUGACUCACAAGGGCAGAACCCUGGAGAAAUGCUCAGAAAUGCUGGGUCCUGGGCAUCAGUGUGGAUGCAUCAUGGAUCAGGAAAAACCUCCACUGGCUCUGUGUCUUGCAGAGGUGAGGAAGAGCCAGCAAGCCAGGGUUACACGGUAAUACACUGUUUCAAGAGCAGGAUUAACAUGUGUGCAGGGUGUGUGUGUGUGUGUGUGUGUGUGUGUGUGUGUGUGCACGCAUGCCUGUGCAGCGAGAGAGGAGAGAGAGAGAGAGAGAGAGAGAGAGAGAGAGAGAGUGUUAGUUCAGUAAAGAGAACCCUCAUUUUUUCCAAAAGACCUGAAUUCAGUCCCAACACUUCUGUUGGAUAGUUCACAAUAGCCUGUAACUGCAGCUCCAGGGAAUGUCAUCCUCUUUUGGUCCCCACGGGCACCACACACACCUGGUAUAUACAUUUACACAGACACAUACCUAUGCACACAAAUACAAAUUAAAAUCUUAAAAGGCAGGGGGAUUGCUGGGCCUGACAUGGCUCAGUAGAUAAAAGUACAGAGAAGCUGAGUUCAGUCUUAACACCCACAUGGUGGCUCCCAACUGUAACUCCGUUUCUACAGGAUCUAACCCUCUCUUUGGGUAUCAGGCAUACAUACAGUACAAAGGCAUACAUGCAGGAAAAACAUCCAUACACAAAAAAGUUAAAAGGCUGGGUAUGGUCCUCCUAGUAGUGACCCCAAGCAGUGAGGAGUCAGAGGCAGGCAGAUACCUAAGUAAUAGAGGCUAGCCUGGUCUACAUAAAGUUCCAUGUUAGCCAGGGCUACACAGUAAGAUCCUAUUUCUAUUUUUUUUUUUUUUUUUGACCUGGUCUAUGUAAGCUUAGCUGGCCUAGAGCUAUGUGGACCAGAUUAGCCUUGAACACAGAACCACCUGCUUCCUGAGCACUGGGAUUAAAGGUGUGCGUCACUACAUCUGGCAUCAAUUUAAUAGCUUUUCCAACCAAGCAAUGUGGCACUACACACAUUUUGGGUGCACCAAUAGUCACACCAUCUGAGGGGCAGAGGUAGCAGGAUGUAAUUCCAGGUCAGCCAGACUAAGGAAGGCCCUUGCUGAACAGAACACUCAGUUUCACAGCUCUGAAUGGUUUAGAAAUCACCAGCUUUGUGCUUUAGUCCCCUGGGUGUUGGGAUGACAAACAUGAACUAUAGCUUGAGCCUCUGACUCCCCGCCCCCUUCUCCCCGACACAUCCUGGCGGAGUGUGCUAAGGGUGGCUCAGAGGCAUAUCCGACACAUUGCAGGCAAGAUACUCAUACACAUCUUGUCUUUUGAUUGAGAUAGUAUAUGUAGCCCUGUUUUGGAAUUCACUUUGUAGACUAGGUUAGCCUUAAACUCACAUACUUCUGCUUCCUAAGUGCUAGGUUAAAGGUGGUAUACCACCAGGCCAGGCUUAAUUUUAUUAUGUUAGGAGUGUUUUGUUUGCAUGUAUGUCUGUGUGCUAUGCGUGUACAGAGCCUGUGGAGUAUCAAACUUCCUGAGACUGGAGUUCCAGAUGAUUGUGAGCUGCUAAUUUGGUGCUAGACUAGAACCUGUGUCCUGUGGAAGAGCAACCAGCACUUAGCCAUCUCUAGUCAUCAGCUUCUUUAAAGAAAAAUAUUUCCAAUGGUGCUGGAUGCCUAUCAUCCCUGCACUUGGGAGGUAGAGGUCAGUUCACAAGCAACCUGGGCUAUAUCAGAUCCUGCCUCAAAAUAAACCCAUGUAAAACUGAGCAUCUCUGGGGUUGGGGAUUUAGCUCAGUGGUAGAGCGCUUGCCUAGGAAGCGCAAGGCCCUGGGUUCGGUCCCCAGCUCCAAAAAAAAAGAACCAAAAAAAAAAAAAAAAACAAAAACAAAAAAAAAAACAAAACAAAACUGAGCAUCUCAAGUGGAUGCAGACCUGACUGUGGAAUGAGCCCACGGCUGUCUGUGCUGAGAACAUUGCAACAGCAAAGCCCCACAGGCCUGAAUAGAGGCCUGUGGGACCUCAGAUGGGCCGAACUCUUGAGAUUCUUACCUGAAUCCUCUGCCUGCUGAAGUUAAAUAUGAUGCUACAGAGCUCAGAGUGAAGGGGUGCCAUUCUCAAAAGGCAUGUGCACCCCACCUUUCACUCUCCCAAUGUAAGGGAACUGGAAGCUGGGACAAAACACUGGAGCCCAAGGAAAUUAAGGAACAAUACAGCUGACAUUUGGUUCAUUUCUUUAUUGUCCUUCAGGUUUCCGACUUCCCCAUGACAUGGUGGCUACCAAUUUCAGCUCAUUAUUGGAACAUCUAUUCCAUUUGUGGUGGCACACUUUAAAAACAUGUAUUGUCAUAGGUUCAGUCACAAUAAAUACAAGUAGCAACUGCCCCAACCCCCAUACCUUGUACUAGUGUAACUGUUAAACACUGAGGAUUAUAAAACUGACCACCUUUUGGAAACAGUCCAAGGUCUUCAGGCUGACAUCAUUCAGAAUGAUGAGGACCACCCUUCCCCUAAACAGCACUCAGGCUGUGAGACUCUGUAGCAUAGAGGUGUGUUACAGCCAGUACUUAAAACCCUUACUACUGCCUAGGGCAAGCUUCAGCUUUCCCUGAGGUGGUGGGGAGGAGGGGAGUUAGGUCGGGAGUCUGCCCAUAAGACCAACAUCCCAACAACCCUAGGUCACACAUCUGGCAAAAGCUUGGUUCCUGAUGUUUCCACGUUCUGGACACCAAGCACCUAGGGGUGGUUAAACAGACACAGGUGUGUCUUACGCUUGGCUCCUUCAAACCUGUCCCCGAAAUGAGUGGAGGAAAUGGGGUUGCCUGUGACCUUGCUGACGAGAGCCACUGAUAUUUGUGAUUGCCUUUGGGAAAUCAAUGAAGUAGGAACCAUCACCUCCAUCUUCACCUCCCCAGGGAUAGACAGGAAAGUUACAAGCCAGGUGUGGAGGUGCAAGCCAUUAAUCCCAGCACUCAGGAAGCAGAGGCCAGUCUACCUCUAGGGAGUUUCAAGAAGCCCAGGACACAGACCACUCAGGGUAGGGACUACAGCCAGUUUCAGUGGGGGUGGCAGCUUUCUACCCUAAAUACCUGGUCCUCCCGGCCCAGUCCCCAGACUGAUCAUCUUGAGGGCUUGCUGCUUAGGCCAGUGUGGCACAGAGGAAUGGGCAGCACUUUCAAGUAAGCUAAGGCACCUCACUCCAGCCCUCCUCAGAGACCUUCACCACAGCCUGUUAUCCUGUUUAGUGUGACCCACAGCCAGAGGUCUGUCCUUUGUGAGGUGCACAAACUUGACCCACGGAAUGUUAGAUGACAGGUGGAUGUCGUGAUGGGGAGAAGUCAUUAGACUUGGGAAACUGAGGGGUAGGGAGGUCACAAAUGCACCAGGACAAUAGAGCUCUCAGACCAUCAACUCAAGGGGAGGUCUGCAUCCAGUUCUAGGUGACUUGGUCUCAUCAGUGACUGCACAGGAGUGAGGACUUCUGGCUGAGGGAAGCCACCCAGUGUUGCUGUUCCACAGAGCCAGAAGGCUUUAGCCUAAAUUGCUGACCAGAGGCUCAGCCACUCAGGAAGUGUAGAUAACAGGAACUAACUUGCCAGGCACAAAAAUACUCAAGGACUGAAGAAAUGCUUGCAUAUAUUUUCAUUUUUUUUUUUUUUUGGUGUAAAAACAACCCCCCUUAAAAAGUCAACUUCUGUUAAUUCCCCCAAAUCCACCCUGGGAAGUGACACACUUCAAAAGUACUGAGCAACUUGGGUAUCACACAACAAAAGGGUCUUCCAAAAACUCAGAACGCCCACAUGUCCAAAUGAUUUCUAAAGAUGGAGGAUUUCCACACAAGUGAUCACGGAGUUAAAUGAGCCUUUAUUAGGAGGAGGCAGGGGCAUGUCUGCAGAGGGCGAUGGUCUGCAGAACAAGGGUUUAAAUUAAAGUCCCUAACUGUAUUGUGUCAAGGGAAACCAGGGCUGGAUGGGGAAACGACGGCGACCAAUCACAUGAGCAGAAGGCCGCACCGUGCGUGCUGGACACAGAGCUGCUUCUGCCUUUCACCAUGGAACCCAUUGUUAAGAGUGGAGGGAGAAGGAAACAAAACAGAACAAAAGUAGACUCAGCCCUUUCAGACAUCCCUGUGGCUAAGAGGGAGUAAGCCCUGCUGACUCCAGACCUAAGGGUUCUGGCUGGGCCCUACUUGGAUGCCUCUUGGCAGGCAUGGGCAUCUUGAGAUUGUGUCCAUCAAAAUGAAGAGAAAAAGGAUAGAAAUUUUUAAUAAAAUAAACCACGAAAAGUAACCCAGCAGCCUCCCAGCCAGCAGUCAGCUCUGACUCCAGCAUGGCGGACCCCAGCAUCCCUCUGGAGCCUCUGGAUGUCAGACAGAUCUGGGCUGCGGUUCAUUCUGCUAAGUGUGGAAGCCAGGGACUGCAGUGAGCAGCAACAAACACGACCAGAGCCAGGGUGGCACCUGCCAUCUCUGCUGCUGCCACUCUGAGCAUCCUCUGGGGUAGAGCCUGCCAGACUGCACUGUGCACAACCAUGACCCUGGGUCUAUGCAGUUCACUUUAAUUCCAUCAUCAUUAUGAGGUGAUUAUAAAAAAAACAAAAACAAAAAACCCAAUAAAACCCAAACUUCAACCUAUAGAUGGCCAUGAAGAGGCAGAGACUGGGGAGCUAAGAUGGGAAAAGCCAAAAGAAAACGAAA